AUGGCUUUUGCGUGGAAUGCUUACUCUAAACCCUGUCCAUCAGAUGCUCGUGAGAUGCUCCUUCUCAUUCUCCUCUGUGUCCUCGUCUCCUCGGUCAUCUCGUCUCUGCUGUUUGCUUGGAUGACAUCAAGCUUGGCCUAUGACCUCUUUGUCGCAGGGAUUGUUGCCGGCACAUGUGCAUGUGUGAUGUUAGUGCUUCUGAUCCUGGUGCACCCAGUGCGCUGUGUGAUUACAGUGACCGUGCCUGCAUUGGGCACCAAACAGGGCCGCAAGAUCAUCCUGUCCACUGCGCUGCUGUACGCCAUCACCUCCUGCAUCCCCAACAUCACCCACAACGUAGGCCAAAGCCUUCACAUGCUGAAAUGCAGCACAGGGAACAUCACCCAAAGCGUGUUAAAGUCUGCUUGCGUGCCCAAAGGAGCUCUGUAUGACAUUAACAAUAAACUACAUGAAUUGCCCUCCAUUCAGUCAAACAGCUACUGGAUAAAUCUUGAGAGUGGCACAUAUGACAAAAUGCAGGCAAUGGAGAGGGACCUUGCUGAAGCAUCUGAGAAUGUGAGAGUCGAGCUAGCACAGCUACGCAGAAACAUAGGCCAGACCUCCCAAGUUCUCAAAAAGUCCAUCGCUGCACUGUUCGUGCUUUUAAUGAUCGGCAGUUCAGUGGCCUACGUAAACAGCUACCUGACCCAAAUUAAGCAUGAUAAUGUGUACCAGUCAAAGCAGCUGAUGGAGGCUCUGCGGCGAGUGAGCGGCGAUAUCACGAUCCCUGAGUGUUACCAGAAGAAACUAGUGAAGACAUCUGGGUUGAGGAUGAGCGCCCAUGAGCUGAAGCGUGGCCUCUGGGGGAUGAUGGCCCUGCUAAUCUACGUUCUGAUGUGUGGGCUCAUACUGGGCCUAGACCACUUUGUUUACUGGUCCCUGCAGUCUCUACUGGCAUGGGCCUCAGACAUCCCUGACAUACAUGUUACUGUGAACAUUGACAUGUCUAUAAAGGCAACAUAUUUUGAUCACGCCACUCUGACCUCAGUCUGUGCGUUUCUGGCUACUGGUUUCUUGAUGGUGCUGGGGGAGGUUUUUGCUCGUCGCCUGCGACGCAAAGUCUGCGCAUCAUUUUACCGCAGCCGUGAGGAGCAUCGUACUCAGUGCCUCCUGCUGAAGAUUCUAAAUAAAAGAAAGAGACCAGAGGGACAGGAUGACUGA